GGGGGCAGUAUGGCCGUCGGCGGCGCAGUGGUGCGCGAGUGACAGAUACGUGAAUCGUCCGCUCGACGUUCGCCGCAACCCCGAGGUGUCCGCGCGCGCCGCGCGAAACCGCGAGUGGUAGAAUGAUCGUUCCUAACUGAGAGAGUGAAAGAGAGAGAUAUAUAUAUACACACAAAGAAGUGGUGCGAGUGCGAGAGAAAAGACAGAGUGAGAGAGAAAGAGAGAGAGAGAGAGAAAGGGAGAGAGAGAGAGAGAGAAGGAGAGGUACAAGGAGAACAAGCGGUAAACCGCCACUAUCCUCGGCGCCGGUGUGAUGAUCAAGGAUAUGGCGGACGAUGAGGCCAUACAGGCCACCAACGACGACGCCAGCGAGUGCAAGCGCUGCGCGGUUACGCUCGGCUAUUGGUGCGACCCGUUCAUCAGCCUGUUCGUGAAGCAGACCACACGGAAGGCGCCCGAGAUCAAUCGCGGUUACUAUGCCAGAGUCAAGGGCAUCGAGGUCUUCGUCGACAAGUUCCUCAAGUUGUCUGGCGGUAAAGGGCAGAUUAUAAACUUGGGUGCUGGCUUUGACACACUAUAUUGGAGGCUCAGGAAGGCUGGAAACAGUCCCGCGAACUUUGUCGAGCUCGACUUUCCCAGUAUCACCGCCAAGAAAUGCUAUCACAUCAAGAAGCACAAGCAACUGAUCGAUAUGCUAAACACCGAAGAUGGAGAAAUUCGAUUCUCGACCACAGACUUGCAUGCCGCAAAUUAUCACCUGGUCGGUACGGAUCUGCGACACAUAGCGGAGCUGAAUAACAAAUUGACCCAAGCUGAGGUCAAUUACAAUUUACCCACUAUGUUCCUCGCAGAAUGUGUUCUAGUUUAUAUAGACGCUAGCGCGACCUCGUCGCUGUUGAAGUGGCUAGCAGUCAAGUUCCCGAACAGUCUGUUCGUCAACUACGAGCAGGUGAACAUGAAGGACAAAUUUGGCCAAGUUAUGCUGUCGAAUUUGCGCAGCCGUGGCUGCCUGCUGGCAGGCGUGGAAGACUGCGAAUCGUUAGAGACUCAGCAGAGACGAUUCACCAUAAACAACUGGGAGGGCUCGAAUGCAUGGACGAUGGUGGAGAUUUAUGAUUCACUGCCUGAAAUGGAUCGUACCCGAAUCGAGCACAUAGAGAUGCUGGACGAACGGGAGCUCCUUACUCAGCUGCUCCAACACUACUGCAUCGCCAUCGCUUGGAACGGACAAACAUUGAAAAAUCUGUCUAUAGCGCAGGGUUAGUUGUACACGAUUGACUCGCGCACGCUCUUCCUCCCCUCUCUCUCUCUCUCUCUCUCUCUUUCUCUCUCUCUUUCUCUCUCUCUCUC